AUGGAAAGAAUAAAUAAAACUUUUGUGACAGAAUUUCUUCUUCUAGGACUUUCUGGCUACCCAAGACUUGAGAUCAUUUUCUUUGUUCUAAUUCUUGUGAUGUACUUAGUAAUCUUGUUUGGCAAUAGUGUCCUCAUUAUAGCAAGUAUAUUUGAUUCUCAUCUUCACACCCCUAUGUACUUCUUCCUCAGUAACCUCUCCUUCCUGGAUAUAUGUUACACAACCACUUCUAUACCUUCAACCCUGGUAAGCUUCUUAUCUAAAAAAAAAACCAUUUCCUUUGCUGGAUGUGCAACACAGAUGUUCCUUGGCUUUGCCAUGGGAUCAACUGAAUGUUUACUCUUGGGCAUGAUGGCAUUUGACCGUUAUGUGGCCAUUUGCAACCCUCUAAGAUAUCCCAGCAUUAUGAACAAGACUGUAUAUGCGCUGAUGGCUUCAGUGUCCUGGUUGUCAGGGGGGAUCAACUCAGUAGUGCAAACAGCCCUUGCUAUGCAGUUACCUUUUUGUGGGAACAAUGUCAUCAAUCAUUUCACUUGUGAAAUCCUAGCAGUCUUAAAAUUAGCUUGUGCUGAUAUAUCCCUCAAUGUGAUUACUAUGGUGGUCUCCAACAUGGCAUUUCUGGUUCUACCAUUGCUGGUGAUUUUUUUCUCCUAUCUCUUUAUCCUCUAUACCAUUCUGAGGAUGAACUCAGCCAAGGGAAGACGCAAAGCUUUCUCCACAUGUUCAGCGCACUUGACAGUGGUGAUCAUAUUUUAUGGGACCAUUUUCUUCAUGUAUGCAAAACCAAAGUCUCAGGACCCUCUUGACAAACUACAAGCAACAGACAAACUCAUUUCCAUGUUUUAUGGUGUGGUCACUCCCAUGCUGAAUCCCAUCAUCUAUAGUCUUCGGAACAAGGAUGUGAAAGCUGCUGUGAGAAAUUUGCUGAAUCAAAAGCCCUCUUCUCAAUGA